CAAAAGUAGUUUUUAGACAAUGAGGAGAGAAAUCAAAUCUACUCAGAAGCAACUAAAGAACAAAAAGGUUGUUCAGAAUUGCUUUAGUAGCACCAUUUGUUAAAAGAGUUUUGGGGAGUGAAGAGCAGAAGAUAAAAUAAAGUAAUCGCCGCCAUUGUUAGGGUUUUGGGGAGUGACUAUUCGAAUUUGAAGUGGAAAGAGACCUAAAGAUCUCUUCUUUUUUUGUUGAUUCCUUCUACUACACAUAGGGUGUCAGGGGAGAAGAUGAGACCAGCUAUACCUCUUGACUAUGCUAUCUUCCAACUCUCUCCUAAGAGGUCAAGAUGUGAAUUGUUUGUCUCUACUGGGGGGAAUACUGAGAAAAUUGCUUCUGGACUGGUCAAACCUUUUGUUGCUCAUUUGAAAGUCGCUGAAGAGCAAGUGGCCAGGGAUGUUCAGUGUAUCAGGCUACAACUUGAAAGCAGUAAAAAUGCUGGAACUUGGUUUACUAAAGCGACAAUCGAGAGGUUUGUACGCUUUGUUAGUACCCCAGAGGUUUUGGAAUUGGUGAGCACUUUGGAUGUGGAAAUGUCUCAGUUAGAGGCUGCCCGGAAAAUAUAUGGCGAGGUACUUCAAGUUAUGCUAAUGAAUGUGAAGGAGCUACUGAGAGCUAUUGAUUUACGGCUUGCAGCAGUUAGACAGGACUUAGAAACUGCUUGUAAUCGUGCAUCCGCUGCUGGUUUCAACCCAGUCACUGUCCCCGAACUUAGCCAAUUUGCUGAUCGAUUUGGGGCCAAUCGCUUGAAUGAAGCAUGCACCAAGUUUAUUGCACUUUGCCAGAGAAGGCCAGAGCUGAUGAGAUCUUGGAGGUUCAAUCAGGAAGAAGAAGCUAUACGUUCGUCAUGGGAAUCUGAUAUGUCAAUUGAUGAUCCCAGUGAAGAUCCAUCCAAAAACCAAGUAACUAACAGAUCCCAACAACAUAGGGAACAUCAAACUGGUAUGGAACAGCCAUUGUCAGAAGGAACCAACUUCUCCCAACAAGGUGGUGAAAAGGAUGAAGAAGAGGAAAAAAGUCAUGUGCAAAAUGAGCCACUAGCAAGUCAGACUAGGCAACUCACGAGAAGGCUCAGUGUGCAGGAGAGGAUCAACCUAUUUGAAAACAAGCAGAAAGAAAACUCUGGAGGGAAAACAGCUGUUGUAAAAUCCACUGAGCUGAAAAGGCUCUCUUCUGAUUUAUCAUCUUCUGCAGGCAUGGAAAAAGUUGUUGUACGAAGAUGGAGUGGUGCUAGUGACAUGAGCAUUGAUUUGGGAAAUGAUAGGAAGGAUGGUACUGGUGAUAGUCCCUCGUCAUCAUCAGUGUCCAAAGAUGGAAGUGGUAUAUCAUCAAAACAGUCUGUCGGCUACAGUAGUAAAAGAGAGCAGAACGGAUUGAGUCAUGUUGACAAUCGUCAGAGGAAUGAAGAUGAAUGUAGUUCAACCAGUUCAAGCUCUACUGUUUUACGGAAAGACAAGGAGGUAGACUUGAAGGUGCCAUUGAACACUGAUAAUCAAGCGGGACACCAAGGAGAUUCACAGGAUGGUUUAUUGGAAAACAAUUCCAAGUUUCCAUACUAUGAUAAGAAUUCAAGAGGGACUAUGGAUUACUCAAGGAAUGCAAAUAUAGAUGAUGAGUCCAAUAACAAUAUGGGGGAUUUUGAAUCAGAUAAGCAAAACCAAAUAGAGUUUAGAGAUCCUCGGAGUCAUUCAUUGUCUACAUUACAGCAGUUAGGUGGUACUGAAUCUAAUAUCACUAGUGUUCGGAGCAAUGGAGGAACUGUGGACUCUCCUAAGAAAGAACCUUCAGCUAGGCAAUCACCACCAGUUGAGGAUGGCCAGAGAAAGGCACAGUUCUAUGGAGGUUCUGAACAGAUGAAAAGACCGCAUAGUAGAAGGGCUGAGACUGGUUCUGCUGAUGUUAAUAAAAAGCCACCUGCAGCCAUUAAUAGUGUUUCAGAUAUCUCUGAGAGUGAUACUUUGAGCCAAGUGUCCAUGGCAGAGCAAGUUCAAAGGGCCAGAGCGUGUAAGGGAAGUCAAGAGCUGAAUGAUGAAUUGAAAGUGAAAGCAAACGAGCUUGAGAAGCUAUUUGCUGAACACAUGCUGCGUGUGCCGGGGGAUCAAUCCAGUUCUGUCCGUAGAGGCAAGCCCGUAAAGCCGAGUGAAAAAGCUGUGACAUCACAGCCUAGAAGACGUGUAGCAGAUGAUAUAUCUUCUCUACAAAUUUCUAAUCAGAAGACCCCAAAAAUGCCAAGUUUAAGCUCAAACGAUGAAGACAAGUUCAAAACCCCACCAACAGUGAAGGUGGCUGCUAACAAUGACUAUGGAGGAACCACAAGGCAAAAAAUUCCUGAAAUCAGCUUUUCAGAUAAGUCUAGAGGAAAGUUCUAUGAGGAGUAUAUGCAGAAGAGAGACGCAAAGCUGAAGGAAGACUGGACUUCAAGAAGGACAGAGAAGGAAGCUAAGUUGAAGAUGAUGCAAGAUAUACUUGAUCGCAGUAACGCUGAGAUGAAAACCAAAUUUUCUCAGUCUACGGCAAGACGUGACUCAGAUGCUCGACGUGCAGAGAAGCUUGUAUAUUUCAAUUCUAGGCUGAGUGCUAAAAAGGAUCAGCAUCCAAUUAGCUCAUUUCAGAGUGAAGAAGAUGAAGAUGUUUCCAGGAGCACACAGAAUAAGAAGCUACAACAAAACAAAAGCAGUUCCUUGACUGCUCGAACCACCACUGCUACAUCAGCUUCACGCUCUGCAGCGAAAGUUUCUACACCUAGUUCUGCUAGGAGGAGAGGACAAGACAAACUUCUUGCACAGUCAGUCCCUAACUUCGCCGAUUUCAAGAAGGAAGGUAUGAAACCAAAAAAUGGUGUCCGCUCACAGACGAGAAGCUCUGUGAAACCCAAGGCUGUAACUGAAGAAGGGAAGCUGCGAAGGCCGACCAAUUUCAGAAAAGUUGCUGCUGAAGCUGCGGAGGAUGGUGUUGUCGAGCAAGAGCAUAGCGGGAGAAAUUUGAACAAUCUUGGAGUUAGUAUCAGCUCUGAUGAUGCGCAGCUAAAGGCUUCAGAAGGAUCAGAUGCAUCAGACGAGAUGGAGAAAGAGGGAAUGGAAGAUGUGCUUGAUGACACAGAAGCUGAAGCUUUUACUGAUGCUGAAAACGAGAAAUCAAGACUUAGUCAAGAGUUUGAAGAUGGUGAAUCUAUUACUCAGCUUGACUCUGGUUUAAACGCUGAGUUACCUACUGUUAUGGCUUCUAGGCAUCACCAAACCAUUGGUUCGUUUCUGGAUGCACGAGUGAAGCAUCAAUAUCAAAACGAGGCAUCUGAGCUUGAUGCAUCAGUGGACUCACCAGUGGAUAGUCCAACUUUCUGGAACUUGGCUUCUUCUCUUAACACAGAGAAUGAUUCAACUCAAAUGAGAAAGAAAUGGGGAGCUGCUCAGAAACACGUUGCUGCUGGUCAGUGCCAACAGGAUGUGACGAAAGGGUUGAAAAGGCUUUUGAAUUUUGGAAGGAAAAACCGUGCUGCUGAGAAUUUGGCUGACUGGAUAUCUGCAACAACCUCUGAAGGGGAUGAUGAUACUGAAGAUGGACGUGAUCUUGCAUAUCGUUCAUCAGAAGACUUGAGAAAGUCGAGAUUCUUACAGACUCAACCAUCUGAUGAUAGCUUUAAUGAGAGUGAGCUAUUCAAUGAACAAGCACGAACCACUAGCGCACCAUUGAGCUAUAAACUGAAGGAGGAUCAGAUGUCAGGAGCUUCUGUAAAAGCACCAAGGUCAUUCUUUUCACUCUCCAAUUUUCGUAGCAAGGGGAAAUGA